UCUAUUUUUUACUAGUUUUUCUACUGUUUUUUUUUCAGUUUUAGCUCUGUGUACAUUACGCUGUGUAUUUUAACCUAAGUGUCAACUGCUAUAAAUAUUUCCACAUAUUAAAAAUGGAUAUGAUGUGUAAUUUUCUCCCUGGAGAUCCCAGAUUAGUUGAACAAAUCGUGAAAGAAUUGAAAUCGCAAGGAAUAUUUGAUCAGUUUCGAAAAGAAUGUAUUUCAGAUGUAGAUACCAAACCUGCUUACCAAAAUUUGCGACAAAGAGUAGAAGGAAGUGUCCUUAGCUUUCUCAAAGAACAAACCUGGAAUCCAGAUAUGAACAAAAAUCAAGUUAGAGAAAUGCUCCGAAAACAUAUUCAUGAAAGUGGGUUUUUAGAAACAGGAGUUGAAAGGAUUGUUGAUCAAGUUGUGAAUCCAAAAAUAAAUAGUGUGUUCCUACCAAAAGUCGAUGAUGUUACAUACAAAUUUUUGGGUAUUGAGAGACCCAAAGAUAAAACAUUUUCGUUGGAGAAUAAUUCCGUUCAAGAUUUAUUACCUAAAGAUCUGGAAGCUAUAUCUCCUGAAGUACCAGAAGAAAAAAAAUUUAUAAAGGAAGAAAUCAAUGAGAUCAAGAUGACAGAUACAUCUUCAGAAAUAAAACGAGAAACAAUUUUGCUAGAGGAAAAUUCGAUAGACUCACAAUCUUCAGUUUUAUCAGGCAUAGUUAGUCAUGAUUCCAACAAUAGUCUAAAACAAGACUCUGCAAUGUCUCUAAAUAGCUCAGAAAGUAGGAUGUCCCCAUCUGAAAAUAAUUUGAAAAUCGAAUUGGAAGACACCAGUUUAUCUCACAAAUCAUCUGAUUCCAAUUCUAAAACUGAAUUGAUAUGUGAUGGAAAAAUUAAUUCUGAAAAUAAGGAAGACAAUGCAAAUCAAACUGAAGAAAGUUCAGAAAAAAGUUCUGAAGAAGCAAAAUCAAAAUCUAAAGAUAAAAGAAGAGAAAAACAUCAUUCUUCUGAUAGGUCUAAAUCCAGAAGUGAUAAAGAAAAAGAUAAGUCGAAAUCUGAUAAAUCUAAAAGAGAUGAAAAAGAUGGAAAAACUGAAGAAAAGAAGUACAAAAUUCCUAAAAUUUCAGAUAAAAAUAAGGAUAACAAAUCUAGAGAUAAGGAGGAUAAAUCUAGAGAUAAGGAGGAUAAAAGUAAAUCAGACAAGGUAAAGAGUGACAAGGAUAGUAGAUCAGAUAAAGAUAAAAAAUAUGAUAAGGAUAGAAAAUCGAAACAUUCUUCAGACAGAGAUAACAGCAUCAGCGAUAAAAGUAAGAAAGAGAGAAGUGAAAGAAAAGAUAAAGAUGACAAGAGAGAUAAAAAAGAAUCAUCGAAGAGUGAAAAGAGUAGAGAUGAUAAACGAAGCUCGUCUUCAAGAAAAAGAGACAGCAGCUCAAAAGACAAUCGCAAAGAAAAGGAAAAAGAUAAUAGCACCAAAAAUAGUAAAGAAGAAACAAGUGAGAAAAGUAAAAAUGGUCACAGUUCUUCCAGUUCAAGAAAAGAUUCCAAAAGUAGAAAAGAUGAAGAUAAAUCGAAAUCUUCACAUAAGAAGGACGACAAAGAAGAUAGGAAAAGGAAACGAAGGUCUAGAGAUGACCAUAACAGUUCAAAGGAAAAAAGGAGUGGAGGAAGAUCUUCAGACCGAGAUUCAGAUGGACCAUCGAGUACUAAAAGACUUCACACUACUUCUUCUUCCUCGUAUCAAACCGGUGGUAGUGACUAUUUGUCCCAGCAAACGAACCAAGAAUCUUCCGGUCUAAACUCUGAAGGUAGUUCGGGAUAUUCUGGGAAUUCUGAUAAAACCGAGGAUAAACAAGAAGUCACUUGUAACGCCUUGCUAGAAAUGCAAAAAAUUAAAGUACCGAAAUUUGCUUCAAACUUGAACGAAGCCAUGAAAAUAAUGAAAAUACGUAAACUGCUCAAGAAAUUGGACGGCCUAAUUAAAACGAAUUCAAACAAUCAAGAAGUACAACACCUCUUGAAAGAAAUCGAAACUUUAUCCGAAGAUGUUAAGCGAGAUAAAAAAGAACAAAAGGACGCGGAAGAGAAAGAGAAAACUGAGGAAAACCAAGGAACGGAAACUUCCAAAGCUGCUUCGAUAAAUUUAGACGAGUUCAUUUCGUCUUCGAACAUAAGUAUGGAUAAAUGGACCGCACUUGAAGCCAAAUUCAUGGAACAAAUUACUAAUGUAGAUUAUAAUUCUUAUGAAAGUCCAUAUGUGGAGGACGAAGAGGUUUCCCCGGUUAAAACAACAAAUAAAAGCUUUGUCGGUAGCGGUGAAAAAACUGAAGAAGUUAUAGAUGUGAGUGAUUGUGAAGAAUCCAUAACUUACAAAUCCAGAAUUGUUCCAGAAGAACCUGAAUCGGAAGAUAAUGAAAAAUCUUCAAUUAACAGUGCUGCGAAAGAUGCCUCCAUUAAAAUCGAGAAAGAUUCAGCGGAAAUUCCAUUGGAACAGAAAGUGUUGAAUACUUCUCAUGUGAGGAACAUUUCAGAGGUUACAACAGUUUCAGAACCCACAAAUUCUCUAGAGGUUAACAUUUCAGGAUCUGAAGAAGUCGUUGCUACAAGCCAAGUUGAUAAUUUGAACACUAGGACCUUCAAGGAUUUCAAACAGAGGGCUAUCGUUUUGAUCCACAAAAAUGCCCUAACGGAGAAAAUGAUUAAAAAAAAGAAUAAACCCGAGGAUGGAACCGAUUCCGCAACUACAAACAUCGACGAGUGUUCCUCCAUUUUCGAAACCGAAAAAGAAAACAUUGGCUUUAAUACAAAAAAAAACCAAUUAGAUGUAGAUAAUUCAGGAAACAACUCGAAUUAUUAUGACGAAUCGAUAAAUGAUAAAGCCAAGAUGCAAUCUGGAAAAACCGUAGGUGAAUCUAGAAAUUUCGAAGAAACUCUCGUUAAAGAUUUCACUGAAAAUAAUUUGGUAGUUGAAGAAUCAAUAUCACAGGAUAUUGAUGUCCCAGAUAAUUCUUGCGAAGUUUGCUUAGACAGCAAGGGGGAUCUAUGUAAAGGCUUAGAACCGUCUGAGAAUAUAUCUCAAAUCAAUUUUCUACAAUGUAUCAUCAAUAUUCUGGAAAAAGAAAUUUUGAAAUCCAAACAAAGCUAUGACCGUUAUAUCAUUAUGAAGCAAGGUCAGUAUAAACAGCAAACAAGAAAAAGGAAAGUUAACGAGAAGAACAAGGAAAUUUCUAAUAAUAAUGUUGAUACUUCAGCAUCCAAACUACCGGAAGACGAAGAUACAAAACUGAAUCCAGGGAGCUUGUCGCCAUCUAAGAAAAUUCAUCCUCACACAAAUAGUAAAAUGACUACUGCCUCAAGUUAUACAACUCAAAACAAACAUCUUGGACUAAUGAAUGCGGAUAACCAAUCCUCCGAAAUAAAGAGUAGAAGACAGAGCGGUGUCAAAAAUGAUCCUACCAGAACUAAUAGUGAAGUAAACACGAAACCUUCGAACAAAUCUGUUGAUGGAUCUACCGAGAAGAAGAAUAGGAAUAAUCAAAGAUAUUCCAGUGAAGAUUUGUACAAACCCCGAAUUCAUUUAAGAAGAAGUGGUAGAGAUUCGAAAAACCCCUGAUGGAAUCUUACUUUGUUUUUUUUGUAUAGCUUGCAUUAAAGUGUAAAUAAAAAAUAAUAUUUUCAAUGUUAUAAAUUUUUUAUGGCAGUGCUGUAGCUUUAUUGUUUCAUAAAAUGAUAUUUAAAAAUAAAUAGAAAUUAUUAUUUCUUGUGGAUGAAAGAAUAUUCCUUAUUUUAUAUAGUGACUGUAUGAGUUUGUUUCUAUUACAUUCUCACGAAUC